CGAGCGAGCCAAUCACGUCGCGUUCUUAUUUUAAAUUCACGAUUCGAAUUUCUAAUAAAGUUAUACAUAUUAUAUGACAAAUUCCUUUUUUAAAUAAAAAAUAGUGAUGUGCUAAAAUCAGACCAAAUUUAAACAAUAUCCAUUAAUUAAUUUAAAAUAAUGGAUCCAGAGAAGAGUAGAGAAACCGAGGUGACAGUGGACGAUAUUUUGCAUAUUCUCGGACCGUUCGGAAAGUUUAAUGUUUUGAACUAUUUUCUCAUUUUGUUCCCUGUGUUAUUGGCGGGAAUGUAUUCAUCUGUGUAUAAUUUCGAGGCAAUGGAUCUUAAAUACAGAUGCGCAAUACCAGAAUGCGUAGACCAAGAGGCAAACUUCACAGCGCCAUACUUGGAAGACGGGUCGCCUGCCAAGUGUCUGCGGUACGCGCCCUUCAUGAACUUCACGAGCAAUGAAAACAAGCUGAACGAUACAUGUGCACCUCACUUCUUCGACACCUCCACGGAGGUCAAGUGCGAUUCCUACAUUUACUUCGAGGAGCAUUCCAUCGUUAAAGAGUUCAACCUCGGUUGCCAAGAUUGGAAGCGGUCCCUGGUCGGCACCGUCCACAACGCUGGUUUCUUCAUCUCCAUACCCUUAACCGGCCUAAUAUCUGAUAGAUAUGGACGUCGCCUGGCCUUAGUCUUCGCGAGUGUUGCAAAUGGCAUCUUUGGAGUCAUUCGGGCGUUCUCGUUAAAUUACGAAAUGUUUAUCGUGCUCGAAUUUCUCGAACCGGCGCUGGGUGGUGGAGUUUACACUGCCUGUUUUGUUUUAGCUUUGGAGCUAGUUGGUCCAAAAGGCAGAGUAUUUGCCAGUCUACUAUUCAACACCAUGUUUAUUCUUGGAGGAGUUACUGUGACGCUUCUGUCCUGGUGGCUGCAGAGUUGGCGAUAUCUCCUCUUAGUCAUCUACAUACCAGCAAUUCUGGUCUUCUUCUACUUGUGGUCACUCACCGAAAGCUUCCGAUGGUUAUUCAGCAAAGGACGCUAUGAAGAAGGACUAAAUGUGCUCUCCAGGUGUGAGAAGUUCAACAAUGUGAGAGUUCCUAAAGACCAUUAUGAUCAAGUGGAGAAGCAAGCGAUGAAACAAAGAGAUGCCAGGAAAUGUGAGGUUAUAGCAACCAACCGAUCCACUUUCAAACAGUUACUUAUGUCUCCCAUGAUAUGGAAAAGACUCUUCACUUGUUCAUUCCUAUGGACAACAUCAACUUUGGUAUACUACGGUCUCUCCAUCAAUGCUAUAGAAUUAUCCGGGAACAGUUAUCUGAACUACAUCGUUGUUAUUAUAAUCGAAGCGCCAGCCAAUGUAUGCAAGUUGAUUUGCCUGGAUAGAUUUGGAAGGAAAAAGGUCAUAGCUAUAGCAUAUUUUCUGACUGGCAUCAUACUUAUUAACUACGGAUUUAUACCAGGUGGAAAUUGGUCGACAGCAUUUUAUCUGGGCGGAAAAUUCUUCAUUACCCUCGCAUAUAACUCAUUGUACAUUUUCGCGGCAGAGGUUUUCCCGACCAAUUAUAGAACCACAUUAUUGGCGAUUUGUUCCACUAUCGGAAGAAUAGGCUCGGCGGUUGCCCCGCAAACUCCAUUAUUGUCCCGAUUCUACGAGUUUUUACCAACUCUUCUAUUUGGCAUAAUGUCUGCACUUUCUGGAUUCCUAGUACUCACCUUACCAGAAACUAACAACCAAAAACUACCAGACUCCCUGAAGGAAGCACAAGAUCAAGACAGAAAAGUACCGACAGAUGAGAUUGAAAAAGAAAGGAAUACUGAUGAAACUGGCUCGGGGAUUGAUACAAAGACAACCUUAUGAGUAUAGGGAUAAUUCUGACUUGAAUGAAAAGCUAGACGCGAUAACAAAUAUGUACAAAAUAGUGACAAACCUGCUAGUCCUGCAAUGUUUCGUGCAAAAUCUUCAUAUUUAUGAAAAAAAACAGAUCGCCUGUCUAUAUUUUCGUUUAUUGUUAGGAAAAAACUUGUGAAUUAAGACUGAGACUGAGAGUGUAAAUUUUAAGUAAAACUGAUUGCACAUCUAUUAUAUUACCACGCGCCGUAAAAACACAUUAAAGGAAAAUUUGUACUGGAUAACCGAAUGACAUCAACAGUAUACCAUUUUCUAAUAGAUGUGCGACCUUUUUAUAAGUAUAAAGACGUUGAAUCGGAGUUAGAGUUAAUCCGUGAUUUGUUUUUAAUCGAAAACUUGACUUCAAAAGUCCAUCAAAUUAAUUUUUCUCCUUCUUUUUUAACACAUACUUUUUUUAGUUUUGUCGCGUUCGCUCUUCCUGUUUUCUGAUCCGCAUACACGUAAGCAAGCUGCUUGCUGAACUUCCCCGCUGAUGCUGCUCAUUAUUCAAGCCCGUAACGGAGUUGUUCAUAAUAUUCAAUAAGGAGAGAAAUUAGACGAUGAAACAUCUUGCCAUUUGUAAAUAGGAGUUAAAAAUCGUUUUUCAAAGGGAACUAUGGCUAGAACUUUUCAAAGGACAGCUAUCCAAGCUGUUCACAUUGGAAAUUUAACCCUCUGUACGAAAUUUCACGUUGAUAUAGUGAAAGGGUUUUGGCAACGCUAAAAGUCGAAGCAAAUGGAUAGCGUUCUUCGUUAUCAAAUUAUUUUCUGUGAUCUGUAGUCCAUUUUUGAGGAUAAGGUUAUUGUGUUAUAAAACUAAUUUGUUGUAUUUUUUUAGAAAAUAAAUAUUUGAGAAAC